AUGUUGGCUAGAUCAAGCCUCCGUUCGGCGCGCACCGUCGGCACCGCUGCGCGCAGCUCCGCCAGCAGGAUAGGCACGCGCUCUGCCUCCAGCUCCAGCGGCCCUGCCGAGGAGGCCGCCUCUUGGAAGUCCACCCUCGCCGGCUCCGCUGCCACCGCCGUCGCCAUCGGAUCCAUUGGCUGGUACUAUCAUCUCUACGGCCGCAAUGUCCACGCUAUGACUCCGGCGGAGGAGGGUCUGCACCCUACUCAGUACCCGUGGGAGCACUCCAAGUGGCACAAGACCUUCGACCACCAGGCUCUCCGCCGCGGUUUCCAGGUUUACCGCGAAGUCUGCGCCUCCUGCCACUCUCUCUCGCGUGUGCCCUACCGUGCUCUCGUCGGCACCGUUCUGACCGUCGACGAGGCCAAGGCCCUUGCCGAGGAGAACGAGUACGACACCGAGCCCAACGAUGAGGGCGAGAUCGAGAAGCGUCCCGGAAAGCUGUCCGACUACCUGCCCAGCCCCUACAAGAACGACGAGGCUGCUCGCGCUUCCAACAACGGUGCUCUGCCCCCGGAUCUCAGCUUGAUGGUCAAGGCCCGCCACGGCGGCUGCGACUACAUCUUCAGCUUGCUGACCGGUUACCCCGAGGAGCCCCCGGCGGGCGCUGUCGUCCAGUCGGGUCUCAACUUCAACCCCUACUUCCCCGGUACCGGUAUUGCCAUGGCCCGUGUCCUCUACGAUGGCCUCGUUGAGUACGAGGAUGGCACUCCUGCUACCACCUCCCAGAUGGCCAAGGACGUCGUCGAGUUCCUCAACUGGUCUGCUGAGCCUGAGAUGGACGAGCGCAAGAAGAUGGGCUGGAAGGUCCUGGCUGUCGGCAGCGUUUUGUUCGCGCUCAGCGUUUGGGUGAAGAGGUACAAGUGGUCGACGAUCAAGACUAGGCAGCUCGUCUACAACCCCCCGGUCUCGGGCAAGAAACACUGA